AUGAUAAGUACCCCGCCGCUAUGGCGUCACCUACAGCUGCUGCAGCCCACACUGCCGCUCUUUGCUGGUCAAAACUACAGUGUGGCAAAGAUCACCACUGAACAUGCCGCUGCAGCGCCGCGCCACAUAUCCUACAGCUUCGUCGUGGUGCCGCCACCCGCUCCAGCCGCCACCCCGGCCUUUGAGACACACAUCAGUACGCUGCUGCGCCACGUCCCACACCCGACCUUUAUCACCUGCACGAGCUACAGCCCGUACUUCACCUCCGCUGCAGCGGACACCGCAGACGAGUCGGCGAACGCGACGGAGGUGUCUGCAACCCAACAGGCACUCUCAUACCUCCACCAAUGUGUCGCGGCAGAUGUGGGUCUUGUCCUCACUGUCACCGCCACGCGCGCCACGCGCCACGCGGAGUCGGUGCAGAGCACACAAGGGGGAAAUCGGGACUCGCAGCAGCAUCCGAAGCAGCACACAUCCUCUUCUUCUGUUUCUACAGAGCGGACGACGACGACAGCGACGCUGACGGGUGCGAGCCGGGGCGGAACAGCCGCCGUCCUAGCUGACUUCAUCGGCCGCACCUCGACAGCACCCGCUACCGAGCUGGGCCCAGCGGCUCGCCACCGCAGCCGUGGUCUGAUGGUCUUGCGCGGUGAUGACGGCGGGUACACCCGGCAGCGCAUGAUAGCCGCGCAGAAGGACGGAGCAUCCGCGUCGGUCCCCUCCCCGUCGCCGUCCCCAAACCCGUACGUCGACUUCGCGGAUGGCGUUGAUUUUCUGGGCUUUGUCCACUCCACUCUCAGAAGUCGCGACGGUGAAGCGAUACCUAAAAUCGCCGGUGGCGAGUCUGCUGGCGCAGCUGUAUGCCUGUGCGUAGGCGGGUACCCGCAGGGCCAUGUGCUGGACCGACAAUGGGGAGCCGCACAAGAGGGAGCCGAUGCCGCGACCGCUGCGGCUGUGCCGUCGGCGCAGUCAUCCUCGCCCUGCCAGACGUUGGCCUCGCUUCGUUUUCUUGACGAAGUAGACACUGUCUUUGCCGACACGGAGGCGCAGCUUCGGCGGGCCCAGGGAACACACAGUGACCCACGUCCUCCGUCGCUCGAGUCCUGUGUGGAGGCAGCUGAAGCACUUUUCACUCGCCUCGGCGCCGUGCGUCGUCUGUGGACAACGCCGUCCUACUACCCGCCAAGCGUGCGCGCCGCAUGCACGCGGCGGACAGUUGCGGACAAGGCGUUUCUCAGACCACCUGGAACGCGGCAAUGCGUCGCAGACGGCGCUUGGGACGGGUGUGGCAGUGCAGGCGCCCGCGUGGUCGUGACGCAGAUGAUCACCUCUGCCACAGAGUUUUUCGAUUACGUAGAGGACAUACGGAGCGCGCUGCGCUCGUCGGCACCGCCCGCCAGAGGCGUUCUGUGCACCCACGACAGAGAUGGCGCCGCCGCCGCCGAGGCGAGGGGAGCGAGUGUGCCAUGCUUGCAGUCAAAAGCAGCGUCGGCGCUGCCGUCAUCAUCGCCCUCUCUCGUCGUAGUGCCGGGGUUGAUGGCGCCGCUGCGGGGGGAACAGUUUCUGCGCUCGACGCUGCAGCUCAAGGUUAUCCCGAGUGCGCCAUUCCGGCGUGCGUUGCGCGAGUAUGAGGGGGCUCUGCACACCGCGGUGGAGACGCUGCGCAGCGUAGUGUCUUCCCACGCGAUCGAUGCGUAUGUAGAGGCGAAGGAGAGGGCGGAGACCGACUUCCAGGAGCGGAUGGCGGCCAUCACGGUGGACAUUGUGCGCGACCUCCGCGCUCGCGGCUACACGCACGUGAACUUCUCCGCCUUCCAGUACGGAUGCGGUGACGCCGUUGGACGCGUGGUGGCCGCGCUGGCAGCAGAAGGCGGAGAAGUAGUAGUGGAGCAGCCGUAA